AUGACUACAACUCACCAUAUAUUUCUAUUAAUAGAUGGAACGCGGUUGAUUGUGGCGGCAGUCGCGCAGGCGGCGCCGCACGGUGCGGUUGUGGCUCGCUGGCGCUGCUGGUGUGGCUGGUGGGCGGUGGCGAACGCGGCCGCGCAGCGCAGCCCUCUCGGCUGGGCGAUGGGUAGCUCACAACGGAUAGCCGCCGUGGCGGCUGUCUCUCAUGCGAAACACUACUAUAAUCACACCCGACCAGAUGUCGUACAAACGUCAGAGGCCACUCAUUACACUGUCAAUAUAUUCUUUGUAAGUGCAACACUAUGUGGAGUACUGGUGGCGGUGUGCGCUGCGUGUUGGCGACGAACGCCGCCUUCAGACAAACCAGAAGAUGUGGCUGAAUGUGGCGUGUAUACAGUCACUUCUGAUGCAAGAUUAGGACAGACACAAGUGCACUCUAUUCCUGUCACUCUCAUACUCCGGUGGGUCGAAUACUCGACACGACCGGUGAGAGUUAAGGCCAUAGGACCAACGGCUUUACGUGCUCUCCGAGGCACGGGGGUGAAACACCACCGACUUCCCAUCUCCGGACUGUUACUGAGGUUUGCUGUACAGAAAGACUCAAUAACUAAACUAGGCCCAACCCGGGACUCGAAUCCAGGACCUCCGGGUGUGCAGCCGUACAUGCUAGCCACUACACCACCAAGGCAGUUAAAAAAU